UGAAAACUCUCUAGCUCCAAAUAAUGUUGCCAAUGUUUCAAAGCCAGCCCGGAUGGAGACUAUUGAAAUGGGUGGUUCUCUCUCAAAUAUCUUCAAAGGAAUGAGGAACAGAGCUAAAUAAGAUCUUCAAAGAACAAAAGGAUGAUCUAAAGAAGAAAUUUGGUACCAGUAAAAGAGGAGCUAGGAGCCUUAAUCAUUAUACAAUCGAGAUCCUCACUAGGAGGAAAUAAAGAGGCCAUCCAAUAUUACACGAUGAGGCUGAUUAUUGACAACAUUUACUUCAACAAAUGUUAUGACCCAACUAAUGAUUAUAUUACUAAUAUCUUACAAAAAGAAGAGCAGUUCAGAAAUCUUUUUGACAUCAGAGCUCUCAGCACGAUCUUGGAUAAAGCAAAGUUCUUCCAGAAACUACGCCAAAAUGGUGACCAUGAAACAGUCAUUUCCUGAUACAAAAAGCUGACAUAUUUAAAAAUAGACUAUGAAGACCAUGAGGUUAUAAAAUAUGGAACUUAUGGGAGUUAUUUCUAUGUAAUCCUCAACGGAACAGUUGCUGUCUACAUUCCAAACUUUUGUAAUGUCAAGCUGAAUAUUCUUGAAUACUAUAAGUUAAUCUGAGAUUACUCAGACAUGAUUCUCCUGAUCGAUGGGAAGGAGAAAUGGGAAUUGCCUGAUCUCCCAGAGCAACUUGUAGAAAGUGCUAGAACAAUGAAUUUAAAAAGAAUUGUUGAUAAACUUGACAAUAUAGAAAAGCCACAUGUACACAAUACUCAUUAUUCUAAUACGCUUUUUAGCAGAAGUUUGAAAAAUAAGAGGCUGAAUUAUAAAGAGCUUGCUUCUCAAAUGACUUUGAGCCCAGGUGUGAAACUUACAAUAGAUAGCUCGAACUUAGAAACAGAAAAUUACACAAUAAAGUAUCUCAAAAAGAUCUCUGAACUAAAAUCUGGUGAUUCCUUUGGUGAUCUCUCUCUGAUCUACAACAAACCCAGACUCGCCACUAUAAAAACUGUAACCCCUGCAGAAUUUGCCCUUCUGAGCAAGGAGCAAUAUGACUCAACUCUUAAAGCACUAGAACAACAAAAAAUUGAACAGAAAAUAGAAGAGCUUGACUGAAUAGCCUUCUUUAAAGAGUACUCUAGAGCAUUCAAAUCAAGACUUCUCUAUGCAGUUAAAAUAUAUGACCUGCAUAAGGACCAGGUCGUCUUUAAGGAAGGAAUGAAAGACAAUAAACUCUACUUUAUUGUACGAGGAGAAUUUGAGGUCUCUAAGUAAUAUCAUUCUUCACUCAGAUCCAAGGCUACCACAAUUUGAGUAUAAACUACUCGAGCCAGCCGAGGAAGCCAAGAGGAAGCACUUAAUUUUUUUUAAACAACAUAGCAACUUGAUUGCAGGACAAAGCACUAAGGAAAUCAACGAAAUUAGAAAGUUUAUGGAUAAAAGAACUAAUAAGAGCUUAAUAAUCCGAAGGGUUACAGAUAAAGACACUCUAGGGCUUGAAGAAGUGUUCAUGAGAAGUCCUCAAAGGUUUCUAAGUGCAAAAUGUACUAGUAAAUAAGGCUCGAAUAAUCUCUAUUCAAUCUGAUGCUUUCUUUGCGAGAAUUAAAUAGAGAUGAUAUUAUUAAAAUGUUGACAAGUAUCACGCUUAAAAAGUUAAAAGUCCUAUCCCAAAGUAUUGACAAUUUCAUAUCUCAUGUACAAAAUGAAGAGGAAAUCCAAAAAAUAGACCAAAUAAUGGACAAGAUAGAAAUCCUAGAGCCUAUGAUGACCAGCAUCUAUUUGCAGAACAAUAAAUAAACUCGAAGCUCAAAAUCUUCGAAGCUUUGCUCAAAAAUCCAAAUCUCUAAAACAAGCUAAAAAGCCACAAAUUUCCCAAAUAAAAAUCCAUAAAAAUGAGCCAAAAAAUUCAAAAACUUUAAAAUUCAAAAGACCCAAACACUCUGGUAUUGCCAGUACAGGCACUUUUAUGCAUAAUCUACAUAAAAGAACAAAGACUACCACCCAUUCAAACAUGUUUGAAAGAUCAGUUCAAACAACUAGAAAAAGUUCACCUUCAAGAAAUAAGCAAGGAAGCAGCCGCAGAAGAAAAGUCAUGGCUCGACCAAAAGAAACCCAAGAGCAAGAUGACGAUGAUAUAAUCAUAAAUCUUGAGAAAGGAAUCGAAGUAAAAAUACAAUCGGCUAGAACCAUCAGCCAACAAGAAGACUCUAUCUUCAAUAGUACUAAAUCCAUGAAGAAGAAAAUAGACAGGAUUAAGCCAUAUCUUGGUGUCCAGAAAGAAGAUGAGUUUCAAAGACUCUCUAGGAUUUAUAAGAAUGAGAUUGAAAAGGAUGAGCAUCUUAUAAAGUGCCAAGCUAUUAGAAAUCAGUACCCAACUCUUCUUUCAAACGAGAGCAUUGCUAAGAUUAUUAACCUCAAAAUUAAGGAUAAAAAGAUUAGCAACAGGAAAUCUCCCAAGGGUUGCUUCCGCUCGUUAAGCGCCAUGGGUUCAUUGUCUAAGAAAACGAAAGAGUAUGUUACAGAAGAUCAAAGGCUGGAAAUAUCAAAUUUAUCUCUGAAAAGUCCAAAAUGACAAGUUCAAAAUUUUAGCCCUAAAUGAAUAUUUGGUGUUCGAAGAAACACUUGCUCUAUCCCAUCCAAUUUUGUAAGAAGGAAAUCGCUCAGUAGCUCUGCUCAGAAGAGAAAGUUGAAGAAUCAUAUGAACAAAGUUCUACAAAAAGAUCUUGAGAGAAUAGUUGAUGAGAAAUAGAAUCGAGCGCAUAGAUUUUGCAGCACAAAAAGUUAUCAGACCCAGAAGUAGCAUCAAUCAAACAUUCAUGACAAACCAACGACAAUUCUACCAUGGCAAGAAAGUAACCUUUACCAAGCUACCUAUACAAGAACCUUCUGAAACACAAAAUCCCCUCAGAAUCGAUUUCCGGACCAACUCCCUUCCCCCACCCUCAACCACAAAUCUCCCUUAACCCCCUAAAAAUCCCCAUAAAAACCCCUUCUUCCCCCUUCAACCCCCUUCAACCCCCUUC